UGCGAUCAAUGAUGCACUGACCAAUCGGGUCAGUGCGAGCUGUUUUCCACAUUUACACCUUCCAGCCAGUGAAAAGCCUCUUUUCAAAUUGGAAACACGUCAUCACCGCGCGAAAAACCAACCGCCGCUCCAGCCAGCCGGAAGUGGUGAAAAAAAUCUCUUCCUUCAGCCAAUGGGAGCGAAGAGCGGAAAAUGAGGGCGGUGGUAGCGGCCGGUCUGAAAGGCAGCUGGUGGCUAGCAGUGUGUCAGUGAGUUUGCGCAGGUGCCUGUCUCUGCCGGUAGUCUUGAUUUUGCGCAGGCGCCUUUUUUCGCCCGGCUGAAGUGUCCGGUGGUUUGUUUGUUCUGCUUUUGAUUAGAACUUAAAUCCAGCGCCUUAGACCGCAUGCCUUUUGUGUUGGUGUAAUUAACCGGGCAAAAGAGUGGGCGGUGUCCUGAUGUGGGCCUGGACUUGGCCGCUCGUUGAUUGACAGCUCCUGCAUUGCUGCCUCAGGGCUGUCUCAUUGCAGCUCUUCCAUCCAGGCUUAGUUACAAACUAAUCCUGAGGAUUGCAUUGGGGCCAGUUUUACUGUUAGCUACUUAUUAGCGCUCAUUGUGUUCCAACUUGACUGGAUUGCCUAUAGGUUUUUAACACUCCGUUAAAAUAAGCAAAACAACAUGGAUCAGACUUUGGAUGGACUGGAAGAAAAUGAAUCUUGCGAGGAGGCAAAAUAUCUCAGCCCUGAUCCCCUGAACAAAGGAUAUUUAUUUGAGAUGGAUUCCAGUGAGUCAGAAUUUGAAAUUCCUGAGACGCCCAGCCCUGUUUUUGCCAAGAAGAACAGUAAACCAUAUCAAGUGGAGACUACAUUCCAGGAUAGGAGAAUUACUAAUGAAGGGAGAAAGCCCAAAUCUGUUGCACAGACCAGUACCCUUCCACCAAAGAGGUGCCUUGUAAUGACAAACAAUACUGCAACUUGGACACCUGAAAAACAUGCCAAGAGGUUAGUUGUAGAAGACUGUGAAGCCUAUCCUUCCUGCUUGUUGAAGAGCCCUGUUUGUUUAAAACCAAAGCAAAAUAAAUCUUUCCCAAGUCCAAAUUCAAAAAGAGCAAACACUACCAAAGCUGCUGCUACCAAAAAAUACUUACAAUUAAAAAAAUCUCGUACAGAGUCAAAACUAUUUUCCAAGUCAAGAGAUUCCAGUGCCCCUCCUGUUAAAACAAACUACUCUGUUGCCACACAUUGUCAUUCUCCUUCAACAGUCUCCAGCUCUCACUAUUCGCCAACAAUGAAAAGAGCAAAAUCGAGUUCUGAAAGUUUGCCAGUUGCCAGCAGUUCAAAUUCACGAAGUCCUUCAAUAUUCAAGGCCAGCAAUGCAUGUUUGAAGGAGAAUGGAAGAAUAGAUUCAGCACCAACAUCCUCUGCCUUUGAAUUGUGCACAGGUGGUUUUGCAAUCACCUCUGCUUUGAAAUCUUCAGCAUCUUCUCCAAACUCCACACUGGCUAUUUUAGCAAAUGGUGCAAGUGACUGGAUUGAUCUCCUGGACGAUGAUGAAACAGCACCCUCAAGAGAACAAUGGAAAUGGGAGCCACCAAUAAUUGUGGUUGAUGAUGAUGAUGAUUCAACUGAUUCAUUUGUUCGUUUUGCGCAACUUGAAGAGGAUGAGGCAUUUGCCAGACAGCUUCAGGCACAGUUUGACAUGGAAGCUCAGCAUCAAUCUGAAAAUACAAGAUCAGCCCCUGCAGCAAGGGAAAACUCUUUCCACGAAUUUUGUGGAUUACCUGGAUGUGGCGAGCAUAGGACUUUAUUAGCUUCUUCGGACAUUGGGUAUUGUGGGAAGCCUGGAUGUAGUGCAUAUCAGCGCAGAAAUGCCAUGUUGAAUCCAGAAGUAAUUGACCCUGUUCUUCAUGGUCUGCAAAGAUUUUUUGAUGAAACAAGUGUCAGAAGAAGAAGAAGAGCCAGGAGAUGCAGCCGGCACCAGACUACUUCAUUAUAUUUGGAUGAAAGUACAAAUGAUGGUAAUGACUAUGAGGAGCUCUUGGCUUUUGAAGAAAGACAAGGUUCAGCUGUUGCACAGAGGAAACUCAGCACUACUGAAAUUAACUGUUUACCUACCAAGUUAUUUGAUCCAGAACAUGCUGCAGAAAAGACACAGUGUCACAUCUGCUUCAAUGACUAUGUACCAAGAGAAAAGUUGAGGAUCUUGCCGUGUCUUCAUGACUAUCACAGCCAGUGUAUUGACCGCUGGUUAAAGGGAAAUUCAAGUUGUCCAAUCUGCAGAGUUGAUGUGAAUCUGGAUUCAUCUUGAUGAGCAUAAUACUUAUCAAAAGAGCCACGAGUCAGUGCAAUAAAUUAUAAACUAAAAUCAAAUAGUUUUAAGGUACAUUCACCUGGGCUGUGGAUGAAAACCUGUUUACAUUUGUGUAAUAAAUGACUUCUCAGGAUUUCUGUAUUGUUUAGUGUCUUUUAGGAACUGAUCUUUGAACAUUUUCAAACAAAAGAUCAAAAUUAAAGCUGGUAUUGGAUUGUUUUUAAACAUUCACUUUUAUUUUCUAUGUCAAAGUACGUGCGUUUUGAGUAUUUUAUAACUUAAUUUUCAUUUGGAUGGGUGAUGCACUAAUUCUGAAGAGUUGUAUCUACCUUGAAGAUCAUUUUUAAUAUAACUUAGUUUGAGUUAGAUGCAUCAAUCUAAUGUAAGUAAAGUGAUUGCCUGGAAAGAUCAGUAUGUUGCACUAGGGUACUGUUUGCUUUUUAAGCAGACUAGAGUUGCAGGAGCCUCUGUCUCAUUGUCUGCUAUUAACAAAAGGGAUCUUCAAGUUGCAGUGAAAUUUAACUUCAGAAAAAAGUUAUGUAAGUCCUGACUACUAUGCAAUGGAGCUCCCAAUGCAGGAAAGGAUAGGAGUAGCAUGGAACAGUUCUGUAGGUUACUUAUGCUGAGGACAGAGUUAUUAAAAAUAAAUCCAAUAGAUCCUUGAGCAGUGCAUCUUCAGUUGCUCUGGGCGAGUUCUUCACACCUUGGUGACUAGUCUUAAGGAUCUAUGAAUGCACAGGAGUCUAUUACUUAAUCUGGGACCACCCCCAUCCUAAUGAAAAAUGCUGGUUUUUAAAGCCAGUCCCUCAAAACCAAAAAAGCUUAUCCUUAUUUACACUUUCAAAAUUGCAAGGAGAUUAUUUAAUAUAUAAUAUUUAUGUUGGGCUUGAAUGAGUCUUGGGUUUCUGUUUGCAGUUUGUGAAGCUACCAAUAUUAGAAAGGGGUGGCUUGAUAGAUAAGACAAAUGAAUCGCUGUCAUUUCCUGUAAUUUAUCAGUUGUUACCCUGACAACAUUUAAACUGAAAUAUGAAAGGGAAACUUUUAUACACCAUAGUUACAAGUUCAACAAUUUUGUGUUCUGUCCAGUUGUGAUGUUUAUUUUACCAGCCUGUAAAUCAAUCAUUAGUAUCAGCAACAAUAUAGCCACUUAAAACUAACAUCCAUCAAUGUUCAGUACCAUGCUGAACUGCGUCAGGAGGGGGAUGUAAUACUAAUUGUAGCUGCUCCAAAUGCAAGUUGCACAUCAGGUUUGCAAAUAACUUGUGUGGAUGAGGGAACAGAAGUUGAAAAUGGCUAAACUAUUUGUUUUUUGUCUUUUUUUUAUGUACCAAAGAUCAGUCAUUCUUAUCAAGCAUUAUCAUAUAGCUUGAUGUAAAUGCUUGGUAAUUGUUUUGUUUGAAUAAGUUGUGUAUAUGUCAGAACUUGUUUUGAACAUAAUGUACGGAAUAGAGUUUGAUUAAAAUGUCAAUAAAUUUUU